AUUAUUUUGAUUAAAAGUAGUCCAUUGAAAAUGUAAAUGUUAGGUACAUAAAGAUAAGUUAAUGAUUAAUGAUAAAUAUAUAAUAUUUCGGCCAUAGAUCUCUAGUUGUUCAUUUGGUACCGUCCAGGGAAGCUAUGGGUACCAACAUGUUGUUUCCCACCGUAUUUUGCAUCCUCCUGGGAUCCAUAGCGGCCAUUCCUCAAGAGGACUUCAGGUCCAACUUGGAGUGGUCUGACUACAGCACCAACUUAGACGAACCGGCGUACCGUCUGCGUGAUGUGGUCUAUCCUACUGAUGUCAACCUGGAUCUGGAUGUCUACCUAAACCACCUGAACUUCUCUGGACUUGUACAGAUUGAUGUUCAAGUACGAGAGAACAAUUUACGCCAAAUUGUUCUUCACCAAAAGGUGGUUUCCAUCACCGGAGUGAAUGUUGUCGGACCUAACGGCCCAGUUCCUCUCCAGUUCCCCCAUCCUUACACCACUGAUGACUACUAUGAGAUCCUUCUCAUCAACUUGGACCAGCCCAUCAACAUUGGCAACUACUCCAUCACCAUCAGAUACAAUGGCCAGAUCAACGCUAACCCUCUUGACCGAGGUUUUUACAGAGGCUACUAUUACCUGAACAAUGAAUUGAGGGUCUACGCCACCACUCAGUUCCAGCCUUACCACGCCAGGAAGGCCUUCCCUUGCUUCGAUGAGCCCCAAUUCAAAUCCCGCUACACUAUCUCCAUUACUCGCGACACCAGUCUGUCUCCAUCGUACUCCAACAUGGCUAUUAGAAGCGCCCAAGACGUUAGUACCUCCCGUAUUCGGGAAAAUUUCUACACUACUCCUAUCAUCUCCGCCUAUCUGGUUGCUUUCCACGUCAGUGACUUCGUCUCCACUGAAUACACCAGUACCGAUGCCAAACCCUUCAGUAUUAUCUCCCGCCAAGGUGCCACGAACCAGCACCAAUAUGCUGCUGAAAUCGGUCUUAAGAUCACCAACGAACUCGAUGAUUACUUUGGCAUCCAGUACCAUGAGAUGGGACAAGGUGCUUUGAUGAAGAAUGACCACAUCGCUCUUCCUGACUUCCCCUCCGGUGCUAUGGAGAACUGGGGAAUGGUCAACUACAGGGAAGCCUACCUCUUGUACGACGCAAACAACACCAACUUGAACAACAAGAUCUUCAUCGCUACCAUCAUGGCUCACGAAUUGGGACACAAAUGGUUCGGUAACCUCGUCACUUGCUUCUGGUGGAGCAACCUUUGGCUUAACGAGUCUUUCGCCAGCUUCUUCGAAUACUUCGGCGCUCACUGGGCUGAUCCCGCUCUAGAGUUGGAUGACCAGUUUGUCGUUGACUACGUGCACAGCGCUCUCAACUCUGACGCCAGCCAGUACGCCACUCCCAUGAACCACACCGACGUCGUGGACAAUGACUCCAUCACCUCCCACUUCAGUGUUACCAGCUACGCUAAGGGAGCUUCCGUCCUUAAGAUGAUGGAACAUUUCGUUGGAUGGAGGACCUUCAGAAACGCUCUCAGAUACUACUUGAGAAACAACGAGUACGACAUCGGUUUCCCCGUUGAUAUGUACACGGCUUUCAAGCAAGCAGUCGCUGAAGAUUUUACUUUCCAACGUGACUUCCCCAAUGUUGACGUUGGCGCAGUAUUCGACAGCUGGGUCCAGAACCCUGGAUCUCCCGUCAUCAACGUUGCCCGUAACAACAACACAGGUGUCAUCACUGUCAACCAGCAACGUUACGUGCUCUCUGGCGCUGUUGCCCCAACGACGUGGCACAUUCCUCUCACCUGGACUCAACAUGGCUCCCUCAACUUCAACAGCACCAGGCCUAGCACCGUCCUUACCAAUGAGAUUGGCACCAUCAACGCUGCAUCUGGAGACCACUUCGUCAUUUUCAACAUUGCCCAAUCUGGUCUGUACCGUGUCAACUACGACACCAACAACUGGCAGUUGCUUGCUUCAUACCUGAAGAGCAACAACAGACAGAACAUUCACAAGCUGAACAGAGCUCAGAUCGUCAACGACAUCUUGUACUUCGUGCGUUCCAACAGCAUCAACAGGACUCUCGCUUUUGAUGUCCUCGACUUCUUGAGGGAUGAGACCGAUUACUACGUAUGGAAUGGAGCUCUUACCCAGAUCGACUGGAUCCUUCGUCGCCUUGAACACUUGCCUACCGCUCAUGCUGCUUUCUCUGAAUACAUCCUCGAGCUCAUGAACACGGUUAUCAAUCACCUUGGCUAUAACGAGCACAGUACCGACUCUACCUCCACAAUCCUCAACCGUAUGCAGAUCAUGAAUUACGCCUGCAACCUUGGACACAGUGGCUGCAUUUCUGACAGUUUAGACAAAUGGAGGCAGCACCGUGCGAACGUAUCUAACUUGGUACCAGUGAAUCUCCGUCGUUACGUGUACUGCGUUGGUCUUCGUGAGGGUAACGAAACUGACUACAACUACCUGUACAGCGUGUACAAUUCUUCAGAGAACACUGCUGACAUGGUUGUCAUCCUUCGUGCUCUCGCUUGCACCAAGCAUCAGCCUUCUCUUGAGCACUACUUACAACAGUCCAUGUAUAACGACAAAGUCCGUAUCCACGACCGCACCAAUGCAUUCUCCUUCGCUCUGCAAGGCAACCCUGAGAACCUUCCCAUCGUUCUGAACUUCCUCUACAACAACUUUGCCGCCAUCAGGGAAACGUACGGAGGUGUUGCUCGUCUCAAUAUUUGCCUCAACGCUAUUGCGGCAUUCUUGACUGACUACCAGACCAUCACUCAGUUCCAAACUUGGGUGGACUCCAACCAAUUGGAGCUGGUUGGCUCUGUCAGCGUUGGAAAUAACGUCGUUACCGCCGCCUUGAACAAUCUCACUUGGGGCAACGGCGCAGCUGUUGAAAUUGUCAACUUCCUCAACUCUAGAAGCGGUUCCACCACCAUCCUUGCCUCUUCAAUCCUCAUCUUAGCAGCCAUGCUCCUACAAAUGUUCCGCUAAGAUGUUUAAUUUUAAGUAGAGUUACACUUCACAUUAUUCUAAUUUAAGUUUAUCUUUUCGUUUUUGUUUGUACAAUCAAAAAUAUUUUUUGACAGUUUUAUUGUUAACGGUUGUACCUAUAGUAUUUAUUUCUACCUAAUAAAUGUUCUUUUGUAAAUAAA